GUGUCAGUUGACGGUUAAAAUUCCAAUCAAAAUGGAAUUCAUCUGAAGUGUGGAUGUUUUUUGAUACAAAACACCAACAAAAUUACUAAAAAUUACUGAUAUUUGCACAGUUUCGAGCUCUGUCCAGUAUCGGUGCAAUUCGUUUACAAUUGGAAGCACAGCGUGAUCCCCACCACGUAAAAAUUUAGAUCGAUCGACUGACUGACAACUAGUUCCUUCGGCCAAGUAGCGCUAAGCCCCCCGACCUCUCCGCCCCAGAGCAAUGGCUGCCGGAUCGACGCUGCAGAAGGCAAUCGAUAUUGUCACGAAAGCGACCGAGGAAGAUCGAAACAAAAACUACGAGGAAGCGUUACGCCUGUACGAGCACGGCGUCGAGUACUUCUUACAUGCCAUCAAGUAUGAAGCUCAGGGUGACAAGGCGAAGGAUUCGAUCCGGGCCAAGUGUCUGCAGUACCUGGACCGGGCUGAGAAAUUGAAAGCCUACCUGAAGAAGGGAACCAAAAAGAAGCCGGUCAAGGAUGGAGGCAGCAGCUCGAAGGAGGAAAAGGGCGGCAAGGACAAGGGUGGCGACAGCUCUGACUCAGACUCGGACGACCCAGAGAAGAAGAAGCUGCAGUCCAAGCUGGAGGGAGCAAUCGUGGUCGAAAAACCGCACGUCAAGUGGUCCGAUGUGGCUGGUUUGGAGGGAGCCAAGGAAGCUCUCAAGGAGGCGGUCAUUCUGCCUAUCAAAUUUCCUCACCUAUUCACUGGCAAACGGAUUCCCUGGAAAGGAAUUCUUCUUUUUGGACCUCCCGGAACCGGUAAAUCGUAUCUGGCGAAGGCCGUCGCAACGGAGGCAAACAACUCAACGUUCUUUUCGGUGUCCAGUUCAGAUCUGGUCUCGAAAUGGUUGGGCGAGUCGGAAAAGUUGGUCAAAAAUUUGUUUGAAUUGGCCCGCAGUCACAAACCCAGUAUCAUCUUCAUUGACGAGGUCGAUUCUCUCUGCUCGUCUCGGUCGGAUAACGAGAGCGAAAGUGCUCGCCGAAUCAAAACCGAAUUUCUGGUCCAGAUGCAGGGCGUAGGAAGCGAUAACGAGGGCAUUCUGGUGCUUGGGGCCACCAAUACACCCUGGAUCUUGGAUUCGGCUAUUCGGCGACGUUUCGAAAAGCGUAUCUACAUCCCACUGCCGGAGGAACACGCCCGUUUGGUGAUGUUCAAGAUACAUCUGGGAAAUACGGCACACUGCUUGACCGAAGAAAAUAUCCGCACUCUGGCCGGUAAAACCGACGGUUACUCGGGCGCCGAUAUUUCCAUCGUAGUGCGGGACGCUCUGAUGCAACCGGUUCGAAAGGUCCAAUCGGCAACUCAUUUCAAAAAGAUUAGUGGCCCUUCGCCAACCGAUAAGGAACUUAUUGUCGACGAUCUGCUGGUGCCGUGCAGUCCCGGUGACCCGGGAGCCUUCGAAAUGACCUGGAUGGAAGUUCCUGGCGAUAAACUAUCCGUUCCACCAGUCAACAUGGGGGAUAUGCUAAAAUCUCUGAGCAGUACUAAACCAACCGUCAACGAGGACGACAUGAAGAAACUUAACAAGUUCACGGAAGAUUUCGGACAGGAAGGCUAAUUGUCGACGCGGGUACUACAGUCGAGAAAAACUAUCGUACGGCUUUAUGUGUUUAGUUUAUUCAAGUGUCUUCAAAUCACCAUACGAUUAAAAAAGCAAAAAAUAUAGAUUUGCAUAUGUUUUCCCCUAACAACAAAUUGUACACAAUUCGUCCCGAAUUAUCUGAGAAAUGGUAGCCGUCUGCAAACUAAUAAACAUGGAUGUAUGCUUCUAAGCUCACUUAAUAGCCUUACUGAAAGAUAUUCUAGUUUGUUUUAUGUUUACAAGAAAAAAAAGUAAGCCGGCACACUUAAACUGUAGGGUGUUUAACAAGAAAAAAAUUGCAUGUGCAUUGAAUCACACAGGUUGGCCCAUGUGGCCCCGCCUGUGUUAGUUUUAAGCCGAUGAUAUGGUUCAAAAUAUUUAUCAUCACCUCGAUUAGAGUACAGCCGGGAAAGGUGAAGCAGAGUUUAAACUUACUCAAUAUUUACGAAAAACGCCCAUUAUCUACUGUUUCAGAAAAUGUGAACUUCCUAUAUUUUGACAAAUUGUUCUCCUAUUACAAUCAUGAGCUGUUUUUUCAAUAAAAUUAACCUGUAUCCUAUAUUUGUAUUGGCAAAAACAUGAUUUAUAAUACAAAACUUGUUAUCGCUG